AAAAGUAAUUAGUUCGAAUUUUUUUUAUUGCUUAUUUAUGUACAUAUUUAGGUAUGUAGUGUAACUUUAACAGCGAUUGUUGUUUUGGCUUGUUUUAUUGUGCUACGAUAAUGUUUUACUUCCUUAAGCGUCACAAUAAAUUUCCGUUUUUUGUAAAAAUAUAUAACAGUCGACCAUACCUUGUCCUAAAUUAAUGGUGAUUUCCUUUAACAUAAAAUAAGAUACAUCGAUACUACUACAAGCAACAACAAUAAUUUGCCAACACUCAAAUCACAUCUAUUCCGUAUUAUUUGAAUACAGCCUGAAAAAGUAAUAAACACGCCAUCCAAAACCUCAUGUGAAGAGUCUAGAACUAGAAAAGCGCUUUAAGAUGCCUGCUGCCAGCUUUGCCUUCCCUCAGCCGUCAAGUGAUGGAGAUUGCGGAAUAAAAGAUGUUUGGAACCACAAUUUACAUGAAGAAUUUCAAUAUAUCCGCCAGGUAGUUCAGAAAUACCAUUGGGUUGCUAUGGACACAGAAUUUCCUGGUGUAGUUGCAAGACCAAUUGGUGAAUUUAGAUCGACAGCAGAUUAUCAGUACCAGUUACUAAGAUGCAAUGUGGACUUACUACGAAUUAUCCAACUUGGAUUAACAUUCAUGGAUGAAAAUGGUAAAACCCCUCCGGGCUAUACAACUUGGCAAUUUAAUUUUAAAUUCAAUUUACAGGAAGAUAUGUAUGCACAAGAUUCUAUUGAUUUGCUACAAAACUCUGGUCUUCAGUUUAGAAAGCAUGAAGAAGAUGGAAUAGAGCCUCUUGAGUUUGCAGAACUAUUGAUGACUUCAGGACUUGUGUUGAUGGACAACAUUAAAUGGCUAAGUUUUCACUCCGGCUAUGACUUUGGCUAUUUAUUAAAAUUAUUGACGGAUCAGAACCUACCUCAAGAUGAAAACGACUUUUUUGAUAGUCUACGAUUAUAUUUUCCAACGGUUUAUGAUGUUAAGUACCUAAUGAAACUGUGUAAGAAUUUAAAGGGUGGUUUGCAAGAAGUAGCUGAUCAACUUGAACUGAGAAGAGUUGGACCCCAACAUCAGGCGGGGUCUGAUUCUCAUUUGACAGGAAUGGCGUUUUUUAAAAUCAAAGAGAUAUUUUUCGAUGACAACAUAGAGAGCUCUAGUGGCCAUCUUUAUGGAUUAGGUGCUCCAUUUUCAGUCAAUUCCAACAGUUUCCAAGAUAAUGGUGAGAACGGAAAUUCGUCUUGAUCCUUGCAGGCUGACAAAGUGACAUAACCAAACCUGAAGUGCUCAGUCUAACAUAAUGAAAAAUUAUCAUGAUCCGGUAACCAAACAGACAAACCGAAUAUAUAAGUAUCUCACAAUAUUUUAGAAGUGAUCAAAAACUGAAAUUGGCAAAAUUAUUAGUGUCACAUAGAAUCUAUACCUGGGAGUAAGAAUAAACAUUGUAUCAUUAACACAGAGUAUAGAUGUCAAAGAUGAUGUUAAUUGAUGCAAAAAUCAAGACUGCUUAGUAGAAAAAAAAAUCAAGAAAAUGGAAUCAUAUCAAUCAUUAAACAUACAUUAUAUUUUGA